UUUUAGCUUCACAUCAUUUGGCAGGAGCUCUUAUUCAGAGAAACUGUAACAUUUAUUUCAUGUGGUGCUACUGAGGAGGCCCUACAGAACAAGGGCCUUGCUCAGGGGCCCAGCAGCGGCAGCUUGGAGGACCUGGGAUAUAAACUCACAACCUUCCAGGCAGAAGCUCGACACCUGACGCACAGAGCUUCGACCUUCCACAUCAUUUACUUUGUUUGUUUGUUCUGUCCUUUGUAGAACGUCCCUCAGCUGCCCUGCGGAAAGGCGCUCUACAGCUACGAGGGCAAAGAGCCCGGUGACCUCAAGUUCAACAAGGGUGACAUCAUCAUCCUGCGACGGAAAGUGGACGAGAACUGGUACCACGGAGAGCUGAACGGCAGCCACGGUUUCCUGCCAGCGAGCUACGUGCAGUGCAUCAGGCCGCUUUCUCAAACGCCGCCGCAGGGGAAAGCGCUCUACGACUUUGAGAUGAAGGACAAAGAGCAGGACAAAGACUGCCUCGCCUUCACUAAGGAUGAGAUUCUGACGGUGAUCCGCCGAGUGGAUGAGAACUGGGCAGAAGGCAUGCUGGGAGAUAAGAUCGGCAUCUUCCCCAUCCUGUAUGUGGAGCUGAAUGAAGCAGCCAAGCAGCUGAUGGAGAUGGAUAAACCAGUCCCCGGGCCGAGUUCUGACUCAGAAACCCCAGAAACUUGCCAGGGUGAUGUCCAUGGCGACGCCCCACGGCAACGAGCAGAAGGUAAGAAGAAUGCAAAGAAGCGUCACUCGUUCACAGCCCUGAGCGUCACACAGCGCACAGCACUCGCUAACAACAACCGCCACUCUAUGGAAAUCAACGCGUCUGAUCCCAGAGCAAGGGUUGGAGAGUACGCUCAUCUCAGCUCCAGCGCUCCCACCUCACAGGACUCAUCGUCUAACACUGGAGCAGUGCUGCAGCCUCGGGUGACUCCGACCACUGGAGAGCUUCUUGCUGCUGCAAAGGUUCAGCUUCCUCUAAACAUCUACUUGGCUUUGUACGCAUAUAAACCACAGAAGGCCGAUGAGCUGGAGCUGAGGAAAGGAGAAAUGUACCGUGUGAUGGAAAAGUGCCAAGAUGGAUGGUUCAAGGGGACGUCUCUGCGCAGCGGCGCCUCCGGAGUUUUCCCCGGGAAUUACGUGACACCUGUGUCCAGAGCUCCAUUUGCUGUUGGCCAAUCACGUCCCUGCAUUCCCGGGUCAGUGAUUAAGCCAGUUCCUGGUUCUCCCGGGUCUCCACGCCCCUCCAGCCCCAUCCUGAUUGGUCCUGCUUCUCGUGUUGUCCCUCACAUGACCACAAACCCUUCACUGGUCACAAGCCCCACCCCUUCACUGGUCACAAGCCCCGCCCCUUCAAUGUCCUCAAGUCCUGCCUCCUCUCCUCACCUGAAGAACUGCCUCCGAAUGUGCAGCCAGCCACAGCUGGGAGGCAGUCCUCACUCCUCCCCCUCUCGAUCCCCCACCCCUCUGUGUACCCGCCCCUCGAUGAUCUCAUCUCCUCAGGUCCACCCAGUAAACUCACUCAAUUUGGGCGUCACCCAUAUGAAUGGGGCGGAGCCUCUGGAAUGUCCAUCAUCACCUAAGAUGGAGGAAAAGAAAGCUGAGAAGAAGGAAAAAAAGAGCGGAGUCCUCCUCAAGCUGCUGAAGAAGAAGUCUCGCUCACCGCCGCCCUCGUCCCCGACUCAUGACCCUACGUCCUCUUCGUCCUCGUCCUCCACCUCCUCCUCGUCUUCUGCAGCUGCUCACGGAGCCACAGCGGCAGAUUUUCAGGUGUUUAGCCGUGCCGGCUCCUGCCCCAUCGAGAGCGACAUGCAGGGAGCCGCCGGCAUCGAACCUCUCAACAGGAAGUGCGGCUCGCUCGACCUCGACCUGGCGCCACGACAACCCUUUUUCUCUGUCACUUCCUCUUCCUCAUCCUCCACUUCCGGUUCUGUGAUGCUGGCCAUCCGUCCUGAACCUAAACCUUUAUCACGUGAGAGGUAUCGUGCUGUGGUGCCGUAUCCUCCCCAAAGUGACGCUGAAAUCGAGCUGAAGCAGGGCGACAUCGUCUUCGUGCACAAGAAGCGUGAUGACGGCUGGUAUAAAGGAACGCUGCAGCGCACCGGCCGAACCGGACUUUUCCCCGGCAGCUUUGUUGAGAUCUUCUGAGGAUUCUGAGAAAAAAACACAAGUUUUGCUGAGUUUCCUGCUUUCACAUGGAGCCUGUAAGCGCUCAGAAAUGUGAAUCACAAAAAUCCAACAGCUUGACGAAUGUUUGUGGAUAAAAAGGUUUACAGAGUUUCUGCAUUUAAAAAUGUAAAAAAAAAAAAAAAAAAAAAAAUCAAUCAAACAUCUCAGAAGCUAAAUAGUCCAUUGGGUCUCCAUCGUCUGAUACCUCAGAGUCCUUGUCCACGUCAGUCAUCCAACGAGCACAAUAGACUUUACACACACACACACGCACACACGCACACGCGCACACACACACACACACACACACACACAC